AGGCGUCCUCUCCCAUUGGGCGCUGGGUGGCGAGACCCCCGUGAAGGGGGCAUUACACUGCCAGGCGCUGACUCUGCCUGGGCACCCCCCUCUGUGGGAGAGGGCCUGUGCCCCUAACAGCCUGGCACCCUUGGGCGUGAGUGGGGCCAUGACGAGGCAUCCUCACAGGGAGGUCCUGGGCCUGGCCUUGUUGGGUUAGUGUGUUGCUGCAUUGCAUCGCUCUGGGGGGCCUGGGCAUCAUCCUACUGCAUUACGCAAUGGGCUGGGGCUUCACAAUGUCUUCCCAGGAGGGAAGAAGAAAAGUGCCAGCUGUCCCAAAAGGAGCCGGUUUCUGGCAUUCUCCUGGGAUAACUCAGUAUGGACAAGAAACAAAAGAGCUGUUGAAAGUGAUGAUGGAGGAAUCCAAACUUACCAAUUUCCAGAAACGCCACCUCACAGACUGCAUGAAACGAGGUGUUUCCCUCCCCACUCGCUGCAACCCCACAUCCAGCAAAGACCCACAGUUUGCAGAGCCUGCAUCUUCUCCACCAAAGCCUUGUCUUUCGGUCAGUCUGUUGGCCAGACCUCAUCUCCGACCUGCCGAGAUCUGCCGAGCAGGCGAUGCCUACAGCCGAGAAAAAUUCAAGCCUCGGGCCACUCGUGACUUAGAGAGGGAGAAGGAAAGGCUCCAGAAUAUCUUAGCAACUGGAAAGGACAUGGUGGAACACAAGACACAGCAGAAGCCAGUGCCCACAGAGGAAAAGGAAAUUCCUGAACCUGACCGGUUUGAAGAACUGGUGAAUGAAAUUCAGGAGAGGAAGGAAUUCUUGGCAGAGAUGGAGACUCUGGGCCAGGGCAAGCAGUAUCGAGGGAUUGUCCUCACUGAAAUCUCACAGAAACUGCGGGAGAUGGAGAUUAUCGAUAAGAAGAGGAGUAAAGACAUGAGAGAGGCAAUGGCAACAAUCCUCGUCCCUGGUGGGAAUAAAUCUAAUCUCAAUAGCUAGACCAAAACCAGACACCAGAGCAGACCAUUCCCACCCUUUCUUUCCUUGCCCUUCCAACAGGGCUGGGCUUUUACCAUAGAAGGGUCACAGAACUUGAUCUAUCUAUGCCUGUCCAUCUAAGACAGAUCUUUUCAGAGCAAUGUCAGUAGCACUUGUUGCAUAAACCCAAGAGGACAGUAACUAUUUAUGCAUGAUAUAGACCAGAAGAAAGUCUUUGCAAAAUCUUACCAACACUUACUAGUCUCCCUUCUUCAGGGGUGGAUUUUAUAGGCAGUGGUUUUAUGGCUGGGUGAACCAAAUCAGAGAAUUAGCCUGAUUCCCUCCCUUUAGAGGGGGGCCAGGAGGAGAUGAAAAGACCUCAGCAUCCUCCAGUGGCCUCUGAGACAUGGUGAAGCAAGGUCUCCUUCUACCUAUGGCAUAUGCCUUACGGUGUCAGAACAAAGCUGACCUGCGCAACGAAGUCCGGGAAGAAAAAUCUUUGUCUCUUUUCCAUAUGGCCCAAGCUCUGGGGGGUUCUGGUUACUUCUGGUGGAAACUGAACAUUAAUGGGGUUCUUUAUUUCCUCAUUGCUGAAUCUGUAUCGCCACUCAUAUCAGCAUAGUCUUUGGAAACUCUCAGCUGCUGUUGUGGAGCUGGAACGGGAGGAGUAACCACACUGCCUUACAUAAAUAUUAGCCUGGAUUUUAAUCUGA